UAUUUAAUUUUCUCUUUACAGAGCGGUACUAUUGUUGACUGGAUGCUGCAGCUUAUUUUAAGGAAAUAACUGCAGAAAAUGGCAAAGCGAGCUGCAACGCACAUCUAGUACAUACAUGCGAAAUUAAAAAGAGAAGCAGAACAAGGAUUAUGCCACUUUAGGCAUAUGGAUAUUUGUAAACUUAGGAGGAAAAAUUAAAGCUCAAUUCAAAUACACAAUAAGUGUAAAAUCGUACAACGCAACAGGCAAAUAACAAGUCAUCGGACUUUUGGAGUAGCACUUUCUACACUUAUUUUCGACGUGCUAAACAGUGUCUCCUAUGAUGCCAUUGGAUCUACACAAUUUUUCAUUGGUGGCUAAAAUUACAAGUCUGAAAGCACUAAUAAUGUUGAGGAACAAUUUGGAAACAUGUACGUGGGAGAGCAUGCCUGCAUUACCACAGCACUUACGGGGCAUGAAUGUGGCGCUAUUGAAUGAAAGCAUCUACGUUUUGGGAGGUUAUGUGCACAAUGCAGCUGCGCCAUUGGACACUGUGUAUAAGUUAGACAAUAACGGCACAGAGUGGCAGCAAGUCGCCAAUUUGUUGAAACCACGUUUUGAAGCAAACGUUACGGUAUUUGAGGAUAAAAUAUACGUUUUUGGUGGUUUGUCAGCUGCAGGAACACCACUUGCCGAUUGUGAAUGCUAUGAUGCAGUGAGCAAUACUUGGACACAAUGUGCUGAUAUGCUAGAACAGUGGUCGGCACUCCAUACCACAAUUGUGCCGACUCAAGUCACACGUACGCUUACGCUCUAUCAUUCAGCCGUUGACGAACCAGCAACGAGUAAACAUCGCGCAUGGCUAUGGCACUUUGCAUAAGUGCCCUACGCGAAAUGCCUACUUUUAUGAAUGCCGUUUUAUGUUAUAUAUUAUAUUUAUGGUUUUAAGCUAUUUAAAGACAGAAAAUUUAAUGCUUUUGUGUUCUAAUAUAUUUGUUUAAAUAAUAAAAUAACUAAAAUGAAUGAAUGAGUA